CACUACAACAAGCUUCAACAAUACUAUUCUUCAAAUAUUCAUAUAACAUCUCUAAAAUCAGUCAAGAUGGGUUUCGUCAGCUACUCCGGCCCCUCCUCUUCCUUCCCUCCUAUGGACCAGUGGAAGUCCUUCGAGGACAUCUUCAACGCCAACAAAGCCGCCAUGGCUGCCACUGGCGACACUGGUGAGGACAUUGGCCGUAUCUGGAACGCAGUCCUGGAGUGUGCCAAGAUCGGUGUUGAGGAGCGUGUCAUCUUCUGCAUCAUCAUGCAGGAAUCAACCGGAAACGUCGGCGUCCAGACCACCUACAACAACGACGGCCACUCCACCGCCGGCCUCAUGCAAUGCGACGGCAGCCCUGGAUUCCCCGGCCAGCACGGUCUCUCUCAGGACCAAAUCACCUCCAUGGUCACCGCGGGAACCAACCACUUCAAGCAGAACCUGAAGGACUUCGGCGACGCCGACACCGCCGACUGCAUCUACAAGGCGCUGCGCGAGUACAACUCCGGCUCCGUCAACCCGAACAACUUGUCCGACGGCAUGGGCGCCACCGCUUCCUACGUCUCCGACAUCGCCAAUCGCCUCCUCGGCCGCACCAACUAA